AUGUCCAAGCGUAAGAUCGAAAGUAUUGAUCCGUUCGAUACAGCAAAGAAUGUUGUCAAGCUGGUUCCACGGCCGGUGGUUCCGUUUGCGCCCACGAAUUACGCCGAUCGGAACCAUUAUUUGCGGAUUUUCCACGAACAGCUGAAGAAAUUGAACGUUCCAGACGCCGUGGCUGUAGCUGUUGAUAAGGAGCACGAGGUAGCUAGUGCGACCAAGACACAGGCGGAGUAUGUGCGACUGAUCAAGCGGACGAUGUAUGAGUAUGUGAAGAAGAAGCCCAAGGUUGCGAAGGGGCCAAUUGAGCCGUCGGCGAGCGAAUACUUGAAAAGACUGCAGACCCUGUGUGUUUCCGAGUCGAUGCUCAAGAGACACGGGUUUGUGAUGGAGAUUCCCGAGGCGAGACAGCAUGGAGAGACUUUGGAGUGUGGUCAUUGUCGUGUGACGUUUCUUGCCGCAAAAGAGUACGAGCCAGAUCACAAAAGCGUGUGUCGGUUCCAUCCUGGUAAGAUCAUCACGAGUCUGAGCUCGGGGAUCAAGAAGUGGAACCAUAACUAUGCCAAUCGCCAUUAUUCGUGCUGCAACGAAGUCCCGGGACACACAGAAGGGUGUCAGAAACUGGACAAACACGUUUUCAAACUGACAGACCCAGCAGAGAUGCACUAUCAGCUACCGUUUGCCACGAUCGAGGAGCUCCGACAGAAGUACGACGUGAAGGACCCGCCAAAGUACGACGCGAUUGGGCUUGAUUGUGAAAUGUGUUAUACCUCGCGCGGAUUCGAGAUGAUGAAGCUCAGUUUGGUCAAAUUCCCAGAAUGCACAGCGAUAAUGGACGAGAUUGUCAAGCCAAAGGGGGAAGUGAUCGACCUGAACACGUUUGUUUCUGGAGUCGAAUCGAUUCCAGACGAUGCAAUGACGUGGGAGCAGAUGCUGGAGAAGAUGGCCCGGCUCACGGACGAAAAUACCGUGAUCAUUGGUCAUGGUUUGGAGAAUGAUUUGAACGUUUUGAGAAUCAUCUACCCCAAAAUUGUCGACACGGCGAUUCUUUUUUCCGAGAGAACGGUGGAUCCGCGUCGGAAGGAUCCGUUGAAACGACUGGCAUGGAAAUUUUUGAGCAGAAACAUUCAAGGUGGACAGCACGACUCGCUGGAGGACGCUAUUGUGCCAUUGGAGAUCGUCAAGAAACGGCUCGACAAGCUGCCACCGAGCUCGUCCUAA